GCGACACAACGAAGAAGUUCCUCCACACCACCAAACGAUAAUUGAUGGAGACAGGAUGGAUCAAGGGCCCUUUCAAUCGAUCUACAAGGAGACACGGUUAGAUCUGGAGUCUACCGCGCAAGGCUCAACCGUUGCGAUCCGACUUCCCCCCCACGGCCUAUCAUUAUGGCCAACGAGAACAGCGAAACGACCGCAUAUCGUCGAAAUACCUGUCGCCGAAGAUGAGGAUCUCUUCAAGCAACGCCACCUUGCAACGGAAGCUUCAGUCUACCAUCGAGCCAACAAGGCAUUUCCUAGAAGCUUUCUGUGGAGGGUUCUCGAGAACGGAAAGGUCCUAUCCAUACGAGCGGUCGACUUCUCAAAGCCUGCGACGAAGGAAGAAUCACACUUAACACUACGACUACAUCUACCAAGUCCGGCGUUGCCAUCGUGUAUUGCGCUGUCGGAUUCAGAGGAACACGACUCUCUAAGCGUUUUUGUCCUCACGGAAUCGAACCACCUCUAUACCCUCACCUUACGACCCGAUUUCUUUCGCAAACCAGCUAGCACAGAAGGGAACGUAGCAGACUGGUCUAAAUCAUACUUGUGUGCUGCUUUUAGCUUUAAGCAUCCACAUCGGCUUGUGGCACUGACAGCAGAUGAGUUGUUGAUUUCUCUCAUUGACGGAGGACUGCUGAAGCUGAAUCGUAAGUCGGGGGGAGACGGUAUGUUUGGAUUAUUAAGAUACGAUGGAAGUCUGCUAAUGCAUUUCAAGGCUCGGAAUGGAAAGAGGUUUUCUACAACGAGGGCGGAUGGAGCAAUAGCUUUAGAAGCUUGAUACCUUUCCAAGGAAGCAACACUGUCCAUUAUGGCAAGCACAAUAUGGAGCUAUCAGCAGUUACAUCGAUAGCUUCUCCAGUCAUCAACAUACGUGGAAUGCCAUACGCCUUCACGGUAUCACUCAACCAUCAACUUCGGGUAUGGAACUUGAUUACGGGAAAGAUCGCCUACAUGAGAGACCUUCUGAAUGAGAAAUUGGAUCCGAAAGAGGCUGUCAAAAAGGUGAUCGACCCGUCACUCUCGCAAUUGGUCAAGGUUGUUUAUGGCACCGAUCGAAGAGCCCUUUGUGUCGCCUACUCACCUUUGGAAGAUGGCGAAUUCAAGUUUUUGAGGUUUCAACCAGUGUCGGAAGAUGGCGAACUCAAGGUUGAUGACAUCUUCCCCAAGAAUAAAUUGGUACCUCAACGGCCAACUAGCGCAGUGUGGACAUUGGCAGAUUUUUCUGUAGUGUUUGGGGACAGCGCGAACGACUUUUCCUUGUGGACUUUAUGGAAAAAUAACUUGACCUACCGUGUUCAACAGUUGACUUUUUCCAGCGCUGGUAACUUGGAAGGUUCAGGAAAUAGGACUAAAGACGUCAAUUAUUCAUGGGAUAAAGAUUGGAAGGUGAUGACCACCGAGACACUUGAUGAGACUCCAAAGCCGACACUAUUCUCAGGAGAUGCUUCAGACAUUACUGACAAGUGGCUGGAGUAUUUUUUUAGCCCUGGCAGAUAUUCAAGUGCUACUAUCGAAACCGGGCUUGCCAUCUUCGACAACAACUCUGGGUCUACUUCACGAAGAUCUGGAAGCUUACCUGAGAGAAUGUGCUCUGUGCUCGCCUCGAAUUACAAUAUUAGCCGUGCAGCUGAUGGCAGCAUGGACUAUGAAUCGAUAUGGAAAGCAACUGGAGAGCAAUGGAACAAGUUUUAUCGGCUCAUAUGUGAGUUGGAUAAGCAACGCGGUGAAGCCCAAUCUCUGGUCAUUGAUCCUAAUGGAAAUCUUCCGUGGAUAAUGCUGGCCGAUGGAAUUACUGCUGUUCGAGAAUGCAGCGAUAUUGAGAGGAUUUGGCACAAUCGAGAACUUGAGAGGAUUCCAAAGGACCUGUCUACAGUGGCUACUCCAAUUUUGGUUGCUGCUGAAUUCCGUAAAUCAUUAUCACCGUCGCUCCUGCAUAGUUGCAAAUCUAUGCUACUCAGUGAGAUGUUUGAGGAACCAUCGCUUACAGGACCUGCACGAGUCCGAGCGUUCUACGAGAAAUGCGACUUUCCCAACCAGAUUGCCGAUGAGGAUUACAAUCAGGUUGUGGACGAUCUGAAGCUUUAUGGCAAAAGAGAGUUCAAGGAUAUCACGCCACAAGUUUAUGAAGCCAUGUAUGCCCUCAUGCUUGGUCCAGUGCUUGCGAAUAGAAAUUCAGGACAGGCAGUCAGCGAAUUUGGGCGGAAAUUAAUCAUCAGGGGGAUCCAAGAGAUUAUUGAGUUACAUCGCAACAUCAUCAUCGACCAAAUUAUACUCUUAGUCUUGAUCGAGGUAGAAGUCAACCAUAGUGAAAAUGGCAUUGGAUUUGAGACUGCCGCUGUCUUUCUCAGAUUCUUGAAUAUGCUUAAGAAACUUGAACUUCUCGACUGGCUGAUCACGACUCGAAUUUCUCUACCCCUCGGUUUCGAUGACGCAGUGGCAUCACCAGGGGAGAAAGCUAAGAAGCAAGACGGUCUUCGGAUGGAGACAGUACCAGUUGUAGAUGCAAUAAUGCGUCACCUUUUCGAUUUGGAACCCAGCGGGGGAUACGACAUGACAGUCGGCCUGACAGCGUUCAUUCAACAAAUUUGCAGUCCUCUCAGCUCGUAUGAAACGUCACCCUCCCUCAUCCAAUGCUAUUUACUGCAUCAAAACCGGCCUGACCUAGCUAUGGAUGUCAACCGAUUCUGCGACCAAGAUCCCUUUUCCACAUAUAUUCAAGGAAGGGCGUAUCUGGCCUCCGGUGAUCCUCAAGCAGCUGCUUUACUUUUCAAGAAAGCUGCCUACGGACUAUGUAAGUUUUAUGACGAUCGCGAUGAGGGCCAUACUAAUCCUGCAACAGCACAUUCGAAAACAUAUUUCCCCAGCGCAGGUUAUUUGGACGAAAUCGAGCGAAAAGAUCUGAGUUCAGGACUCCCCAAAUAUUACUCUCACAUCGCUGCUAAAUAUGAGAAGGAGAAAAUGUACUCUUACGUUAUUGAUUUCUCGAGAUUAUCGUUACAAUUCCUCAGACAUGGGAGCGGAGAUUACGAAGAUAAGAGAUUACGAACUGAGAUGCAGAGUCGUCUUUUUACGGCCGCCCUCAAGACAUCACGUUACGAGUUGGCUCAUUCGGCCCUCGCUUUACUUACAAACCAUCCUCUACAACUAGCGUCUCUUCGUGAGCUCAUCACCAAGAUGUGUGAAAACAACUGCGCAACCGAACUCACUGAGCUACCUUUAGUCGGUCUGCAUGAUGAAGUAGACGAUUUCCUCGCUAGCAAAUGUCGCAAAAUCGUAGAUGUCACAGUGGGAGUACCAUACCAUAAAAUCCUCUACUCGUGGCGGAUUCGACGAAACGACUUCCGAGGCGCUGCAGCCAUCUCCCUCGAGCGUCUCCAGAGGCUCCAAGAAUGCGGCGAAGGCGACAAAACACUUGCACAGGACGACCUCGAAACCCCCGUCACGACACAGUACAAGCUCCUGAUCAACGCUCUGAGUUGCGUCGACCCGAAACAAGCAUGGAUCUUGUACGACCAGCCUCAAGAUAGACUGAGUGCAUCGAAGAAUGGCAACACGGUGGAGGUGAAGAGGAGAGUCAUCAUGCUGGAUGAGAUUCGGAGGGAGUACCAGGCGGAGUUGGAUCGCAUUGCGGCGAUUGGUAAUAAUCAGUUUGCGUUCCAGGGAGGCGAUGAAAUGGAUAUCCUAUAAUUUGAACGCGGGAGAAAGGGGAUUUCAUUCAAAGGGAUAGACAGUUUGAGG